AUGAGUGAUUCUGAAAUUCUUGAUGAAGAUAGUUUAAAUGAAACUGAAAAUAUUCAGGAAGAUGAAUACAAUGACAUUAUUGAUAAUAAUAAUAAUAAUAAUAAUAAUAGUAACAGUAGUAGUAGCAGCAGCAGCAGCAAAAGGCGAGAUAAUAACAAUCAUAGUAUCCAACAGAAUAGUUUGAUCUACUUUAAUCCUAAUAAAAAUAAUGUAACUUCACAGUCAAUUGAAUCUUAUAAUAAUCGAUUGAAUGAUUAUUGUUCAGAAAAUAAUAACGAAUUCAUGAUAUGUCAAUCAGUUCCUCCAUUAAAUUUAUUUUCUGAAGAAAAUAGUAUCAUUGAAGUCAGUGAAUCGUGUAAAGAAGCAUUCGAUAUUGAUUUAAGAGCUAAAACCAUAACACCUGUAAGUACUAUUUUAUACAAUUCAAUCAAAGAUAAACUGAUUUCAACUUACUGGAAUAAUUGUAGUGAAAAACUUCAAAAAUUACAAUUAGAAAAUAAUAAUUCUAGUCAAGAUAAUAAAAAAUUAUUAUAUCCCUUGAAUGAAAACUAUCAGUAUAAUGAAUCGAUAAUGUUUGGUGAAGAUGUUAUUGGUCGUGAAUUAAUUUCAAAAAGGAAAGUGAGAACACAGUUAAAUUUUAUUGCUUCAAACAAACGAAAAGUUAAUCAAGGAAAUGUUAAAAGUUGUUUUUCUAAAACAUAUGGUCAACUAUACAAGGUCAAAUCCCAUUUAAAUACUGGUUCAACGCAGUGUAUCGCACAAACUCAAGUUCCAAUGAGUUCAAGUUUGAAGAUGAUAAUGCGUCAAAGAGAAUACUUCCAGUCUGAUCCAGUAUUGUUUUCGGAUAGACAUAUAUUGGAGAAUAAAGAAGAUUAUAUACAUGAAUCUCAAUGUAAUAAUAACAAUAAUUUGAAUAUGAACAAUUUCAUGAUACCAUCACCAAUAUCAUCUGCAACCUAUAAGCAAGUACAAUUUCCACCUAAAAUAAAUAAACCCCUUUUUCCUGAUUCACAUGGGUAUUUCAAUCCUCUAUACUCAGUGUAUACAACUAAGGAUAAACCUUCGAAAGCAUAUCAUAAAAUCAAUCAACCUACUGGAUCCUACUGGGAAAUUCAUGAAAUGUAUAGUUCACGUGAACCGUUAAAUACUGAUAAAUUGAACAAUAAUGUUCAAACAGAAAAUUGUAACAGAAAUCAUAGUGGUACAUACUAUCCUACCUCAGCAUCAGGAGUGUUUCGUAUGGGUAUGCUUCAACAGACUGAAUUAGCUAAAGCUCAUAAGAAAUUUUGUCAUAAAUAUUAUUCUACUUCAUCUUCACCUUCAACUGACUCAGUGGUAAGAACACGUUUGCAUACACUUUGCUUACCCAGUAUAAAUAACAACAGAACUAUACAAUCACAUCCUAACAAUGAUAGUAAUUAUCAAACCAGUAAUUAUUCUUACACUUCAAGAAACUCAUGUAAUCAUAAAUCUUUAAUACCACAAUUACCAUUACAGCAAAGAUAUACAUUAAAAGAUUACAGUUUACUACCGUCUAUCGAGUUGAAAUCAUAUGGAUUAGGCCCAGAUACAGAUAAUGAUGAGUAUCGUUUAAAGCUUGCAAAAAAACUUCGACAAAAUGGUUAUGCUGAACACAUAAGAAAAUGUCAAGAGAAAUCAAUCGCUAGAUCACAACACCAAGUUAAUAAUUUGAAGCAUAUUAAUUCUUACGAGAAUGGGAAGAAUCUCACAACUGAUGAAAAUAAUUGUAAUGAAGAAAAUCUAGGAAAGAAUGUUUUAAAUAUAAACAAUUACUCAAAUCAAAAUCAAACUGAAGAUGUAGAAAAUAAGACAACUAAUCAAAAUGAUGAUAAGCCAAGUGAUAAACAAAAUAAACUAUAUUCAUCUCAUCAAGUGUCUUUAUCAAGUCAUCGAUCAUCUAAAAAUGUUAUAAAUUCAGGCAUUAAGGUUGGUACUGCACGUAGUUCUCCAGAGAUGUCAAAAGAAGAACUUCAAAGGGUAAAAGCAGCAGAAAAACGUUUGGCAAUGCUCAACUAUGCAAAACUUGUUAGAGAGCAACUUCGUAGUCAAUCUCGCUCAAACCAUCGUCGGUUUACUGCAAAUAAACAAAAGCAGGAUAAAGAAAAUUAUGUGAAAAAACCUUAUGAAUGGAAAUCAUUGUCAAAAUCAGAUGCAGACUUGUUAGAAAUGUUACAUAGACAUGAAGAAGAUAAGAAACGAUUUGAAGAAGUACAAAAACUAUUACGUAUUAAAAUAUAA